AUGGCGGCGGCGGCGGGUGGCGGCCCGGAGCCGGAGCUGCGAGGCCGGGAGGUAGAGGAGGACGAGGAGGAGGAUGAGAAGGAGGAUGAGAAGGAGGAGGCAGCGGCCGAGGCCGAGCUGGCGGCUGAGCUGGCGGCGCGGCGCAGCGCGGAGGCGCGGCGGCUGGUGUUGUCGGCGCGGCGGCUGUCGGGCCCGCUGCCCACCGGUCUGUCGCAGUGGUUCCCGGAGCUAGAGGUGUUAGACGUGAGUGGGACGGGGCUGUCGGAGCUGGGCGAGGAGCUGCUGGCCCUGCCGCGCCUCCACACACUCCUGGCCAAGAACAACCGGCUGGGCGGGCCCGGCUCGCUGCCCAAGGGGUUGGGGCAGGCCCCUCUCGGCCGCUCUCUCCGCGUCCUCAACCUCAGCGGGAACCGCUUCUCCGAGGUGCCGCCCGCCCUGAUGGGGCUCCGGGGGCUGCAGAGCCUCAGCCUCGGCGGCAACCGCCUCCACGGCAUCCCGCCCGACAUCCAGGAACUCCGCAGUUUAGAGUUUCUGUACCUUGGAGGGAAUUUCAUUACUUCAAUUCCACCUGAAUUAGCAAACCUGCCUUCUCUAAGCUAUUUAGUUCUGUGUGACAACAAGAUUCAGAGCAUUCCACCUCAGCUGGCACAGCUGCACUCCUUGCGUUCCCUUAGCCUGCACAAUAACCUGCUGACUUAUCUUCCUCGAGAGAUCCUUAACUUGGUUCACCUGGAAGAGCUGAGCUUGCGUGGGAACCCACUGGUGGUUCGUUUUGUCCGUGACCUGACCUACAACCCCCCAAGCCUUCAGGAACUGGCUGGACGCACAAUUAAAACUCGCAGUGUUCCCUUCGCUCCCAGUGAUCUCCCGGAGAAUCUUGUCCGGUAUCUGAGCUUGGCCAGCAACUGUCCCAAUCCUAAAUGUGGGGGUGUCUACUUUGACAGCUGCGUCAGACAAAUCAAGUUCGUCGACUUCUGUGGGAAGUACCGCAUCCCGCUGAUGCACUACCUGUGCUCCCCGGAGUGCUCCUCUCCCUGCAGCUCUGCCUCCCAGAGCUCCACUUCCCAGAGCGAGUCUGACUCUGAGGAUGAAGCCAGCGUUGCUGCACGCAGGAUGCAGAAAGUCCUUCUGGGUUAGCAGGGAGAAAGCGAGAAAGACUGGGAGGAAAAUGUGUUUGAAAAGCAAUAACGGAACGGCAAAACAUGAGCCUCUGGCCUGAAGGGCUCACGAGAAACUGUCCUCAAAUCCAUGUAAGGGACAAAACAUCUUAGCAAGCCUAGGCUUGCGUGGUGCAGUGGUACUUAGGAAAACUAACUCAGUGGCAUACUGCUUGUAGGGUGCCUGAGGUUGUAGGAAACCUCUGCUGUCCUGGAGACACCCCCCUUCCCUCAUGCAGGCUUGGGAGGGGUAUUUGUUCUCACUGGCGGAUUGAGAAGGGUUUUAGUGAAUGACACUUCACUGGACUUCAGUCGUCCUGAAGCAGAGCAAAGGAGACUGACCAGAUCUUUUAACACUGUGGUAAAUCAGCAACGGGCUAAUGAUGCCAUGUGAGUAUGUAGGGACCCCAAUGUUUUAUAAAGAAUUUUGAGUCUUUGCUGUCUUCUUUGAUGUCGGCUACAGAUUUUUAUACCCAUCCACUAAAAAAGGGAGUUGAGUUUUUUUGUUCACGAGUAGAUUUUUCCAAACUGUUCACUCUUUCCUUUACCUAGGAGGUAUAGGGUCUCUGUGCUGGUUUAGAUGUUACAGCCAUCAUAGAAAUGAGCCACCUUUUUAAUUCCUUGUUAGACCAAGCUGUUCUUAGUGUUUCCUUGUAACUGUAUUCCUUAUUUUAAUUCGUCUUCCUCUUCCCAUUACACCCAGAGUGUUGCUGUCUUAAUGGUGCCUUCAGAAAAAGGGAUGAGUUGUUCUAUUGAGACUUGGUAUUACUUAAGACUUGUGGACAUACGUGCCUGUGCAAGGACCAAAUGCAAUGCUCUGUAUCAUGUUUUAUCAUGUUUUUGAGUCUUAGCUUACUGGAGCAAAUCUGCUUUUAGAUCUUUGAGUCUAAGAUCUGUGAGGAGAGGUCUUGAUUGACAUUUCUUCUUUCGAAGAAACAGUGUCCCCCUGCUGCAGCU